ACGAGUCCGGGUACAUUUCGUUUAGUGAGAAUUUAGCAGAGAGAUAUUUGCACAGAUCAAAGAGAUUCGACACGACGCCCUCCAAAGAUUUUGUUAUAGCGCCAUCUAGCAACACAGUACAUUUAGGUAAAAUUAGUAAAUACGUGUCAUUUCCCUUUGCUCGAGUCGUCACAAGCUGUCCAAAUCACACCGUUCAUUAUGACUGUCUCAUCACCAAGCUCAACAUCGGUAGGAGGAGGAGGACGUUCCCCGUCGUCAAAAUCUGUGUCACCAAGGUCAUCAAGUGGAGGGUCACAGGUCAGACAAAGGAAAUCUGCUGGUGCCACCACAAGAGGGCGCACUGCAGGAAGUAACAGCGGAGGAAUGUGGAGAUUCUACACAGAAGACUCCCCAGGACUUAAAGUUGGACCAGUGCCUGUUCUUGUCAUGAGCCUCAUCUUUAUUGCAUCAGUUUUCAUGCUUCACAUCUGGGGAAAAUACACCCGCAGUUAGAAUGACUCUUCCCACAUCUCAAUGGAGCGCAAAGCUAUAUGGUUAGGAGUGGAACAAAUGAACUGUGUAAAACAGGGGGAAUGCAUGUACUGAGGGACAGAAUACUCAACCGAUAUUCUGAAUCAUGUUUGAUAAUAGCCUACAAUUGAUUUCAACAGUGAUGAAUGCCACAAUCUAUGAGAAAGUCAUCUUAAAGUCUACAAGUCUAUGCUGUUUUUCCAAUUUCCAACCGACAAGUCCCAAGUCAAACUCACUCAUCAAAGAAAUAAGUUUACUGACGGUUCUAAAAGAUAGUUUUUCAGUAUUCACGGCAUUAGCCACAUAGUUUUUAAUUUAUCGUUUUUUUUCUUCCUCACAACGUUUCUUAUCAAUUCUGGAGUUGCAGGGAAAAGUGGUCAAUUUGUAAGGGGAAAUUAUGAUUUGUCUGUCCUCUAUCCUGCCAGUCUGUAUAUUUCAAUGCCUGUUUUUCUGUGAAAAUUCCCUUUGAACAAACCAAAUUCCAUACUGCAUAUAAAACUCAUGCAAAUUAUGCGGUGAUUUUUGUCCUUUCUACAUGUUUUUGUUGUGUAAUUUGUAGCAUUUACUAAGUACAUAAAGAUAAUAUUACAAAAUAAACAAAAGUGUGGCACUGGACAUAUAUCACAUUGUAUUGUAAUGCAGCGGUCACAUAUCUCCCAAUAUCUGUAUACGAAAGGUCAGUUCAAACAUUCCUUGGGAUUUCAAUUUAAAACUAAAGUUAUGUAGUUAUAGAUAAAACUUAUUUUAUUCCUAGUAAUAAUAGUAGAGUAGUUAUGUAUGAUGAAGGAAUCUUGUCAAUUGCGUUUGGAUUUUAAAGAUAAUAAAGUUUCUGUGUAAGUUGUCUUAUAUA